GCAACAUAACCGCGAAAUUCCGGACAUCAACAAAAAAAAACUCUAAUAUACUUAAUUUCUGCAAUACUGAACUUUCUACAAAAUCUACCAUCGAGUAUUUACUUUACUUUAUGUGCUUUAGUUCAAGUACCACGAUUCUCUGCCCACAAUCAGCUCCUACAACAUACAAUAGGUGUUCAUUAAAUUCUGCUUCAUUGAGUCGCGAAUAUAAUGUGUUUACAGCUUAGUCAUUAUUGCUGAGAAAGGGGUAUUUUCAACCCAAAUUAACAGAGCAUGUAACUAGGUCUUUAAACUUAAGUAAUCAUAAAUAAAUCGAGUCUAAAAUGGAGUCUACCGUGUCCGUUUCUAAGGGUGUCUUUCUAUUUCCGAGUACAUUAAAAAAAGCCAAAAAUGUCAGGCAAAAAACAAACUUGUUUGAAAAACAAUUCCUGAAAGAACCAUGGUACAAGGCGUAUAAAAAGAACUGGGACAAAAUUGAGUCUAGAAUUAUGGAUUUACAUCAAAAAACCUAUGAUGUUCUGUUGAAUGACAUGGUGAAGUAUAUAAAAUCAUUCUACGGAGGUAAUGAGUCCUUAGAAGGGAUCAUACCCAGUGCCACUCUCCUGACCGGAGUCAACCAGCCUGACCAUGUGUCUCAGUUUGAAACACUUAUAUCUAAAAUAAGGGAUGAAGUGACACCACAUAUUGCAAUGGUGAAUUCUCAAGACGCAUCUACAGUGAAGCAUUUAGUUGAGAAUGCAGUUUGGCAGCUAAUAAAUGGAUAUGAAAUAUUGAAUGACAGUGCAGAUUCAGAUGAUGAGACACUGCCAACAAAAAGGAAGUUGAAAAAGAACCAAUGUACAAUGCGAGCAUUACAGAACUGGUAUAAUGACAAAUAUCUCAGCUCCUCACCUAAGAAAAGACAAACUGUUUCUAUGAGAUCACUAGUGAUUAUUAUACCAGAUUUUGAGAGCUUCAAUUGUAAUGUUUUACAAGAUUUUGUUAUGAUUAUAAGUUCAUACCUGUCUUCUCUACCAAUAGUAUUCGUAUUCGGCGUGGCGACGUCUGUAUCGGCGCUGCAUAAGUCAUUCCCCUACCACGUGUCAUCCAAACUGCUGAUCAAAGUGUUCCAUUCUCAUUCAUCGCCAGUAUACAUGAACCAGGUGCUAGAAGAUAUUUUCCUGACCUACACGAGUCCCCUCCAUUUGUCCGGGAAAGCGUUCGAGCUGCUGACUGACGUGUUUUUAUUCUACGAUUUCUCGGUCACGGGACUUAUUCAAAGCAUAAAGUAUUGUAUGAUGGAACACUACUACGGAGACAACAUAAAAUCACUCUGCUGCGAACGAGAAGAUAUAGAAAACGCUGCAGCCAAACUAUCAGCAGAAGACUUAGAAACUAUUCGGCAACUGUCUUCAUUCCGACCGUUUCUUGAAGCACAGGACUGUGAAACGAAAAUUGGUUUAUUUGAAAACGAUAAUUUCUUUAGAGAAGUGUUGAGUCAGGAGUUGAACAAGUUACAUGAUUACUUGCAUAGCUUUUACUUGUGUGUGCGGCUAUUGGCGGCGUUUUUGAAGGAUUUGCCUAAAAAUAUCAUUGGAAAGACGGUACGCGAAAUAUACACAAAAUGCGCCGGCGAAUCCAUAACAAAAACCCCAACAUUCAAGGAAUGUAUGCAGCUCAUAAACUUCCAAUCACAAUUGAAGCUACUAGACAGUAUACAGGGCGCCCUUAAAGUCGUCAACUCAGAGCUACAAGGAUUAUCACCAGUGAAACCUUUACGAUCCUCACCGACUAAGAAUAACUCUAAUAAAUUAGUGUUAAAUAAUGAUUUAGGAGAAACGUUUGCAAAGACGGUUAGAAUACACUUGCUUACGUUUUUGAGGCAACUCGAAAACGCCAAUACGGAGGCUACGGUGCUCACAAAUGUUGCUAAUGAGACUGAGAAUGAUAUGGAAAUCGUGCCGGGGAAUAGAUACAAAUUGAAAGAGCAACUGUUACGUGCGACGAGAGCAGACCGGAUCCAAUCAGAGUUCGAGAUGAUUCGCUCCCGUUUCGUCAGCUACCUCGAAGAUAUGUUUGCUAAGGGUCUUCAACCGCCGACCACACAAACCUUCCACGAAGUAUUAUUCUUCACCGAUGUGAGCAGCGUCAGGAAGCAGAUCGUGGGCUCCCCCCGCGGUGCCGUGCAUACCGCGCUCAGUAACCCUCACCAUUAUCUACAGUGUUCCUGCUGCCGCCUCUCAUCAUCAGACAGCGCAUCAGCAACGCUCCCCGACGUGUGUCUCGCCUACAAGUUACACCGCGAAUGUGGAAAACACAUCAACUUGUACGACUGGCUGCAAGCGUUCGCGGCCGUACUCUGCCCGGGGGACGAACAAGGAGACGUGCAUACACAGCCACGCUUCACCCGAGCGGUGGCAGAACUCCAGUUCCUCGGCUUCAUAAAGUCCUCCAAGAGAAAGACGGACCACGUGAUGCGUCUCACCUGGUGAUAAUUCGAUAUCUUCAGUUCUUGAAGCUAGAGUCCCACUCAACGCGAUUACCACCGAACUCCAUCCCCUGUUGGGUUAGUUUUAGUAGUUUCCUUUUUAUUUAGUGUAAUCGACAAAGCAUUUUUUUUAAGUCGUGACGGUGGCUAUCAAGUUACGGCCCGUCUCAUAGUAAGCAGUCAAGGAAGUCUAUUAACGCCUACAAUGAGAGGUGUUACAUGUUGAAUGCCGUCCGUUAAAUAACCCGUAAACUUGAAUCUUAUAGUCUCUCGAGAAAUUCUCGCCAGAAAACGCUUUCCACGACGGCAGCAUCCGCGGGAGGAAAUUCCUAAAUAAAAUUAACGCAUUCACCACCGACAUUUUUAUAGCCUUACGAGCGCAGCGUAACGGCUCAGCCACGACAUUGGUCUAAGCGCGACAGCGGUGAGCGGCGGCCAUACAUUGGAGCGAGACACAACGAUGGGACUUUUCAUUCGCACGUAUGGCUGCCGCUCACCGCUGUCGCGCUUAAACCAAUGUCGUAGCUGGGCCGUAAGGGAUCACAGCGUUUUCUCGCGUUGUAGAGGAAAACGACUACGAACAGAAAAUCCGCCGAACGAGUUAGGUACAAUGUGUUAACCUCGUAAGGCCCACCAUAGUUAGUUUUCCCAUUUUGAAUUUGAACUCUCCUCCUCCUUGCGUUAUCCCGGCAUUUGCCACGGCUCAUGGGAGCCUGGGGUCCGCUUUGACAACUAAUC